GUUUGUUCUGGCCGUGGGGAGCGCAGUGUUUGAUGCCAUGUUCAACGGUGGGAUGGCGACGACCUCAACGGAAAUCGAGCUUCCCGAUGUGGAACCAGCUGCGUUUCUGGCCCUGCUAAAGUUUCUGUACUCCGAUGAGGUCCAGAUUGGGCCUGAGACAGUGAUGACCACGCUAUAUACAGCUAAGAAGUAUGCAGUGCCGGCACUGGAGGCUCACUGUGUGGAAUUCCUCAAGAAGAACCUGAGAGCAGAUAACGCUUUCAUGCUGCUCACACAGGCCCGGUUGUUUGAUGAACCUCAGCUUGCCAGCCUUUGUCUAGAAAACAUUGAUAAGAACACUGGAGAUGCUCUUGCCGCUGAAGGCUUUACAGACAUAGAUUUGGAUACAUUGGUGGCAGUGUUGGAGAGGGAUACUCUCGGGGUGAGGGAGGUGCGUUUGUUUGGCGCCGCGGUGCGUUGGGCGGAGGCAGAGGCUCACAGGCAGCAGCUGCAGCCCACACCAGAGAACAAACGCAAAGUCCUCGGCAAAGCUCUCACACUCAUCCGCUUUCCUCUGAUGACAAUUGAGGAGUUUGCUGCAGGUCCAGCCCAGUCCAGUAUUCUGACUGACAGAGAGGUGGUGAGUCUCUUCCUCCACUUCACAGUGAACCCAAAGCCUCGUGUAGACUUCAUUGACCGGCCUCGCUGUUGCCUCCGUGGGAAGGAGUGCAGCAUCACACGUUUCGGACAGGUGGAGAGCCGCUGGGGUUACAGCGGGACGAGUGACCGCAUACGGUUCUCAGUAAACAGGAGGAUAUUUGUGGUUGGGUUCGGUCUCUAUGGCUCUAUACACGGACCCACAGACUACCAAGUUAACAUACAGAUCAUUCACACAGACAGUAACACGGUGCUGGGCCAGAAUGAUACAGGCUUCAGCUGUGAUGGGUCAGCUAACACCUUCAGAGUCAUGUUCAAAGAACCAGUGGAGAUAUUACCCAACGUCAACUACACUGCCUGCGCUACACUGAAGGGUCCAGACUCUCAUUAUGGGACUAAGGGAAUGCGAAAGGUAACACACGAGUCAUCAUCCACUGGCACAAAGACGUGUUUCACAUUCUGCUACGCAGCGGGCAACAACAACGGCACUUCUGUAGAGGACGGACAGAUUCCUGAGGUCAUCUUCUACACAUAGUCACCUCCGACAUAGCAACGAUCUUCCAUCAAAUGUGACAUCCUGACACCAGCGCGGGGCCACACCUCAGCAGCCGUACUGGGGACUAAUUGCUCAGACAUCAUACUGUUCCCUCCAUAUAGUGCACUACUGUUGACCACAUGGGAGGUCAAAUAGCCGAAAAGCAAUGUAGGUCACUACAUGGGGCGUAGCUUGUCAUUUGAGAUGCUGUCUCUCUCUUUUUCAGUGGCUUCCUUUUAUCCCCUUGUGUUGUAGUGAUGCCAGCCUCUGAAACAGACAUGACUGUAACCGACUCCACAAGGGAAGGAGAGAGGGAGGGAGGAGCCUCUCAGAUAAUUCACAGUAUUGAUGUCACUGCUGUGGAUUGACGGCAUAAAGCUUGACACUGAAUUCUCCUUAAGCUGUACAAUUCCCCUUCCUGUACUCCACAGCGUUAGCGCCAAGGAGAGUUGCAACUGUAUGAAUGUACAGUUUCAGAUUUGCCAAGACAAGUUCCUUAUCACCUUUAAGUACAGACCAGCGUUGAAAUAAAUUCCACAUCAGCUGUAACUUCCAUAGACUCCUAGAUUUCAUAGGCUUUAUGAGCUCUUGGCGAAUUUGAACCAAAUGUCAUAUUAAUCUUAACAUGAUUAUGGUAAGCAAUUUUUGGGUUUCUACAUAAAGUACAAUCUGUGAUAUCUCGUGUCCUUGCUUGGUAGUUGCCUAUACCCAAGAUACCUUGCACUUCUCGGCCUUGCAUAUGUUCAUUUGGUUGUUCUAUGGAUGCACACUAACUCUUCAGAUAUGUUUCUUUUUAGCUUUGUUUUAAAAAGUGUGGGUGGAAGAGCUUUCCCUCUUGGUGCAGAAGUUAAAGGGUUGUAUAUUAAAGUGGCAUUUAUUAACAUUAUAUAUGUAACUUGAAAUAACUAUUAAUUAAAGAGUGAAGAAAAUGGAUUGAGCUUCUUGUUUCUGUGAGUGACACUGCGCUUACUUGCCGAGAGUUGGUGUGAGAUGAGAAGAUCAAUAUACCCCUAUGUCUGUCUGUUAAAUAUAAGGCUAGGCUGAACCCAGCAUCUGCUUAGCUUAGUUUAGCUUAGCUUUGUCCAAUAGUAACAAAAUCCACCUGGCAGCCCCUCUGGAGCUCACUAAUUAACACGUUAUGUUAUAGACUAUUUAUUUUCCAUUCUUUGUUAAAUUACAUUAAGUUCAAUCCUGAGAACAAAAUGCCAUGGUUCACAAUACAAUUAGCAAGAUUCUUUAAUAAUUAAAUAAUUAUACAACUUGAAAUAACAAGAGAAUUAAAUAAAGACAUUAAAAGUAAAACUCAUUUGUCUUUAUAGCUUUCUAAUUAGAGUUUAUGAUCUCGAGGUAAUGUUUAUCUUUUAUGGGAAAAAAGAGGCAAAUGUGCAUGUAUGUAUUUAGGUAAGAUAAGAGUGAUGAUGUAUGCUUGUUUUUAAUUGUUUGUGUUUCUGUUAUCACUCAACCCAAACAGUACAUAUUGUUCGAGACUAAAGUAACUUCCUGGGAAUAUCUGCUGGUUGUAUCAAUCUUCUAACUCACUGACACAAAGUGAAUAGGCGUAUUUCAAUAAGCCCACUUGUGAAAGAACAGAAUUUCAGGAGUCAUCAUGAGUUGAAUGUUUUUAUUCAAUGACUUAUGUAGCACUUUAUUGUGGUUUCCAUGGUUUUAUCUGGCCAUGAUCCAUUUAAAUACCCAUUAUUGCAGCAGUAUCACAGUGCACUGUACAGGCCCAUCCUGGCAGAUGAGAGGGAGGUGGUGAUGUGGAGGAAUAGAAGAAACAAGAAAUACAACUGCUUUGAUCUAAUUGUUCCC